UUCUGUCAUUCGUUGAUGUUAUUGAAUAAAAGUUUGUUUAAAAUAAAGUCUUUAUAUUCAAAGUAAUUGUGUUAAAUUGCAUAAAUAAGUAUAAAGUUGUGAUAUUUAAUUAGAUUGGAUAAGAUAUAGCGCAAAAUGUUUCGUGAAUCAUUCUAAAUAUAAUUAUGGAAGCAGAGGGACCAAUUUAUUCAAGUUGCAUUUUCCCAAUUACAAUUAUCUACUUGUUAAGGUUGUAAAAUGAACACAGCAUGUCUUAUUUGAGUACUUCAGAAAAUGUGGGUUUCAGUAGUAUACCCCAAAACAUAUCAGAUGCAAGUUGCGCAUCACAGUACAAAAUGGCAGUCGAAGGUGUAUCAGGAAACUGUGGUAGUGAAGUGAAUAUGUUCAUCCAUGAUAGUUCGGGUGAUGAACAGACAUAUAUACCACAUCUCAGUGACAACUUCUUCCAUAGUAAAUUUAAAAUUGAUCCAAAUGACCUCUACACAUUUCAUGAUUCCGAUGUCAUUGCAAGUGAAAUUACAGUCAGUCAUACUGAAGAUAAUUUCAUAUUUCCUGAUAACAUUGAUAUUAAAAGUAAAUUUAUUGAAAGUCCCAAUAAAGAUUUGGACUUGAUUGGUGUUCUCACUAAUGGUGAUGUUAAAGAAGAAAUAGUUGAAACAAAAAAGGAAACUCUUAACGGACAUUAUCCUAUAAAAAAUAAAUUUCAAUUGAAUGUAACAGACGGUAAGAAUGCUAAUACCAAAGUCCAGAAUAGUAAGGCACAAAAUAAUAUCAAUUUAGAUGCAAGAAACACCAUAAUAACUGAAAGAAAGCCAAUCAAUACCAUUAAGGUGGUAAAUAAUGUAAGCACCCCUCCCCAUAAUGUUAAAGUCAGUAUUAAUAGUGUUAAUUCAACCAAUAUUAAGUCUGUGUCAACCACAAAGUUGUCAGCACCAGAAACUUUCCUUGAUGUGUUCAAAAGAGAACAUGGAGUUGUAGAAACUCCAGCGACUGUUGUAAAAACUGAACCCGUUGCAAUAUCAACUAUAAAAGUUCCUGCAGCACCUAUAAAGAAACCUGCAACAGUAAAAACACCUACAUCAAAAGCAAAACGUGGACGAGGGCCAACUGUCCAUGAAGCUUUGCAACGGAUACCUGCACAGAACAAAGUUAUAGCUCUUGCUAAUACAUCAUGGCAUGCACCCGGAGAAGAAUUAUUUCAAUGUGGCCCAUUAGAUGAGAAAAAGGCAAAUGCAUUUAGACAAGUUGAUACUAGCAGUAGUGAUGACGAUAUCCCAGAUUUAGAUGUAAGCUGGGGUCCGGUGUGCGUGGAGGAGAGCGCGGCGGAGUCCCGCAGCGCGCGGCUGGCGCUGCGCCGAGCCGCGCUCAAGCGGCACGUGGCGCGCGCCGCCGCCCGCCCGCCCUCGCACUACAGCGAACAACGUGCGCUUGCUACACUCAUCAAGAAACAACUGAGCGAUCAGUCGACGUCGUGUCGUCUUCCAACGCAGACUGUCAACCACCUGCUGGCGAUGCGCGGAAUGCACAACGUGCUCUCCUCUGAAGAUAGGAGGAAACUACGUGAGUGUGGGUGGUGCGGGCGCGGGGCGGGGGCGGGGGCGGGUGCGGGCGGGGCGUGCGGCGAGGAGCAGUGCGUGCGCGGCGCAUUGCCGAGCGCGCGGCACUGCCUGGCGCACGUGACGCGCGCGCCCGCGCAGCGGCUGUACGCGGCGUGCGCGGCGGUGUUCGCGGGCGGCGAGCGCUGCCACCAGCCGCUGCUGCCGCUGCACGACCACACGCCGCUUUGCACCGAACACGCCUGGAAACGAGAUAACUACGAGCAGCUGAGCCGCGAGUGGCGGCCGCAGAAGGCGCGGCGACGAGCCUGCCCCGCCGCCCCGCGCCCCCCGCGCCGCGCCAAGCGCCGCCGCCGCGUGCUCGCGCGCCGCACGCAACACGCGCACUCGCUCACCGAGAUCAACAUAUGUUCGAACUCGUCGACAUACGACAGUUCUGAGGACGCGGCGGUCGGCGCACUCAGUGAGACUGAGUAUAUGAGGACUUCGAGCGCGCACGAACUGGAAGUGGAACAAGUGCCACCGGAUGAUAUACUGGAUCCAUCCGUCCUUAGUCAGAUACCUGAUGAGGCUUUUACUGAAUUUUUUAACCAAGCUGAAGACGUGCCGUCGUUCGGCGAGGGCUCGGAGCUGGCGGCGGCGCUGGAGGCGGUGCUGGAGGAGCGCGGCCUGCACGAGCGCGCGCUCGACAUCUCCGACUGCUUCACGCACGCCCCCGCCCCCGCCACCGCCACCGCCACCGCCCCCGGACACGCCCCCGCCUCCGCCCCCGCCACGGACACGCAACACAAACUCAAGAUGGCAGCGGCCAGUGCUCUAAACGUGGCGAUGUCACCGAGCGCGCCUUCAUAACGUUGUAAUAAAUAGUUAAGCUAAAAUAAACUCUAUGUUCUAAAGAAUUAGGAACAAAGUUAAUGUAGUCUCAAACGAUUAGGUUUUCUUCGCGUUGUAAGUUUCGUGUACGUGUGUAGAGGUUGUGUCACAGAGUAGGUAACAAAUAGACUCGACACUUCCAUACGAUGAAAACUGAAUCUACUUAAAUGUUGCUAUUAAUAUUGAAAAAAAAAUGUCAAAUCUUUAAAUACUCUUUACAUCGGUACAAAGGUUAUUUAAACAACGAUUUAAUACUCAGGUUCUAUAAACAUGGUUUUUGUUGUAUGGAAGUUUCGUUUGUUUGUAGGAAAAUGUUUGUGAGUAUUAGAAGUUGGUGAUAGUGGCGUUAGUUGUAUAUGAAGAUGGUUUGUGAUUAAGAAAUUACAAAAUUCAUGGGCGUUUUAACGUACAGCUUUAAUAUGCCAAGAAAAGUUAGAAAUUAAAACCCUUAGAAUUAAAUACCCUUUUUUAAGAACUCAUUUACUAAUUUUAAUUAACUAAUAAUCUAAAAAUAGACGUUCGAAUUGAAUUUGGCCCUUUUGAAAUAAUUAUUACAAUAAAUAUUAUAUUUAUUUGAAAGUUAUUUCCGAUUAAAUGAAAUUGCCAUUUGAUGUAUUACUAGAAAUGAAUUUUAAAUUAUCUGAAAAUAUUUUAAUAUCAAUAUCUUAUUUAAUAAUACAAUCACAUAGAAAUAUUAUAAUAAAAUAAAUAAAUAAAACAGAUACCUUCAUACAAUUUCGAUUUUACCGUUAAAUGACAGUUUUCUAUGGUAAUCAAUUUUAAGGUAAUUAAAAUCUAUUAUUUUUUCAUACAUUCUAUAAAUACAAUAAGUUCAUAUAAAAUUGUUUCAUCUUAAUAUUUUCCAAUAUCGCAAUGUAAGAAGGAAUCUAGAUAACAAGUAUAGUUCUUUUCAAAUAUCUUGGCGGCUCGAGGUCUGGUGCGCAGAGAACGCCUUACGACCUUCAAUAUUGUGUUCUACCCACCUUUUUUUUAGCAAGCAUGGGAUGAAGUGAAUUUGACAGACAGUGACGCAUAGGAAAGGGAAAUAUCAUGUCUGUUCGUCCUCUAAAUUGUUGUGUGGGCAGUGCUUCGCUCUUUCGGCGAAUUCUCGUGGUCGCUUGAUCUCUCUAAAGAAAUUUACGAGUCGGUAUUCCGAGCAGCCAAGAUAUUUGACAACCACAAACAUAGUUAAUUGAUAAAACCAAAAAAAAAACGACUGAUUAUUUCAUCAUUUAUUUAUAUUGACACUUCACUUUAAAUUUGUCAAAAUAACACUUUUGGGGUCAUUUGUAAAGUGCCUGUCAAAUCUUAUUUUAUAUUUUGUGUAUUUUUUUAAAUUCGGUCUCAAAAAUGGUUGAAAAUUAACAUUGCAUAAUCAUAGCAUUAAAAUGUUCCUAUUUAUAAACGAUGUCUCUUGAAUUGUAGUUUAUUAUGUAUUUGUAAUAGGAAUGGUACGCGUUAUAUUGGCAAUUACUUGUAGAAAAUGGGAAUUAUCAGAAAAACAGAAAAAACGCAUUUGGCAGUACUUUAACAGAAAUAAUGAAAAUGAACUCUGCGCCGUUGUGUUAAGAUUUAUUUUUCUUUUAAAUGAUUUUGUAAGCAGUUAAAAUGAAUGAAUGGUUUAUUUAAUGUCAUCUUCCAUUUCAUAAUUUGGGUAUUUUUAUUUUUAUUAUUAUAAUUUAGAUUAUUGGUAAAUUUCAAUACCAAAUUGUAAGAAAGAAAAAUGUUUGUGUUCCUAUAUGUUUUGGCUGUCGUGAGUAUGGACUUAUUUUGUCUUUUUUAUUAUCGUAACUCGCAAAUAAUUAAAUAUACAAUAACAAUGUACGUGAUCUUCCUUUUUAUGUGAACAAAAUGUUAUUUGUACAAAAGGUGUAUUUUAGUAAUAAUUUUUAGACGUCACGCAAUUUAG